UCUAAAUCUAUGCCAAAAAUGCUCAAGAUAAUGUAAAAUCGAAGUAAGAUAUUCCCUAAUAAACUGGGCGUAAAAAUUGUACUUAAUCUCCGCGUCUGCUAGUUUUGCAAAUGUGAAACAAUUUUGCCACCAUUAUUAGAAUGGUAUUUGAGUGGAAGACGUCAAAAUGGCUGAAGGUAGAUACCUACUUAAUGUACCACGUUACUUAUAAAACUAGUUACUAAGGUGUUUCUGAGAAGAUAAUCAUUUCAUUCAUAUCAUAAUUUCAUUUAUCUAAAAUUUACCUAUCUUUAUGUGUGCUAUUAAUAAAAACGUUUCGAUUUAAACACGAAGAAUACAUUCGUGGAAUACGCGAUUACGGUAAUGAUCGCGACAACGUUUUACUUUACAUAGGUACUUAAUUAAUUUUUAAAAUAUAUGAAUUUAUUAAUAUUUAUUAAUUUUUUAAUUAUGCAUGCUGUCUUUCUUAUUAACGAGUGUUCCCGGUAACAAUUUUGGUGAAGUCACCCGAAGUCUGAGGGCCGCUUAAAAAUUAACUUGUUCCCAUAUAAAUUUUAAGUUUCGGGUCUGAUUGUAUACCUGACAUCAGCACUUUUUCGGAAUGCUACUGUUGCCUAUAGCUGUCUAUGCUUUAUAUCCUUUAUAUUAUGAGACACAAAUAGCUAGUUACAAAAAAUACAUUACAUACCUAUUGAAUUCAAUUAGAUUGCAAAGAAAGUAGACAAAAAAAAUGUAAUAAGGUACUAUUAAUAUAUGUUUUUCGUAUGAUGUAAAUGAAGCUAAAAUUUUGGUCUUGAAUAAUAAUGGAAGGCCAAGGUAAACGAUGCACAGGUGAAUCCGUGGGAAUUACUAGUACUUAUAGCUUUUUCCGGUUACAUACUUACACAAAGGUGAACUAGUUUUGAUGGACGAUCAACAACCCAGUACGUGACUGACCAUUGAUCAAGUCGUCCAUAUCUUCUUUUUAAACAUUUAAAUUACUACGUUCCUUUGAAAAAUGAAGUUAGCAUUGGUUUUAGCCGUGUGCUUAUUAACAUUUGUUUGUAUCUCCGAAUGUAAAGACCUUAUAAUAGGUGCGACUUUUAAUAACAGAUUGAUUUGGCAACAUAAGGUUGAAUACAAUGCCAUUCCACUCAAGAAGAGGGUCAAAGAGGAAUUCUACGCGGAUCCAGGACAAAAAACUAUUAAGGGUAUUAUCGCCAGGGAUAUGGACCACACUAGGGCGACUUCCACAGUCACCGCUGGGGGCGUGGGGUUCUCCUACGUCAACCUGAGGUUUAAGAGCGAGAGGGGAUCGGCACUCAACUACCGAGUGGAAGUCUACGUUUAAAACUUGUGUACGACACGCGCUCACCCUUGGGCCGCUCACCCUUGGCCGAUAUCAAGGGUCGCCGUCAUCGAAGAAUAUAUGAUUUAAUUACUAAGUAUCUUAUUGGAGCUAAAAAUAUAAUGACCUUAGACCUACAAAUUAGUGCAACAUUCCCGAUCAAGAUUAUUCGUUCAGAAUAGACACAGUAACGGUUUGUAUUCCGUACCUAUGUAGGUAUUUUCAAUUUGUUUUUGUUUAAGAACGCAAUGGUAUAGUAUAUAAUCAUUACGUAAAAGAAAUAUCUAUACAUAAUAGUAAUAAGUUGGAAUAUUUUGAAAUAUUUUGAUUAAAUACAUAUUUUUAUAGAUAAUAAAGGAGUUGUUGUUUCGCUUCUACAAGCUGGUAGGUAUUACAGUUCGAUGUUUGAUGCUGUAUUAUAGAAGCUGGGUUAGUAUUAUAGCAUUCAAUACUAAACUAUAUCUAUACAUGGUUUAUUUGAAAACCGUAAUGAACAAUAGUUAUCCGAUAGAAAAUCUCUCUCCAAAGAACAUGUGAGUAGGUACUUUCAGAUACCCAUUUGUGUGGGAAGCCCUUUAUUUUGCAUCGUGAUCGUGACAUAAAUUAUAUUAAAAAGUAGCGAUAAAAAAAAUGUGAUAAAAUUAAUUUUUGUAUUUUAUUUUCAUAGCUCAUAGUGUGCUUAAUUUAUAUAUUCGGGUCAAGAGCAAGCUAUUACUUUAAAUGAAUGCACUCAAUAUGUUUUUAAAUAAGCAACACAAUAAAAAAAAUGCAACUUAUUAAAAUGUAUAACGUAUAUCAAAUAUAAAAGAGGCUCUGUAUAUCUCUUAAUAAUGUUAAUAAAUAUAUUUUUAGA